AUGUCAGGCAGUGGGGCGAGAGAGGCCGUCUUCGCGACCCGGCAGUCGCUGGGUAUGAUGAAAAGCAAGCUCAAGGGUGCCCAGACUGGCCACGAUCUGCUGAAGCGAAAGAGCGAAGCCCUGACAAAACGUUUCCGAGAAAUCACUCGCCGCAUCGAUGAGGCCAAGCGCAAGAUGGGCAGAGUUAUGCAGGUCGCUGCCUUCUCCCUCGCCGAAGUCACAUAUGCAGUUGGCGGUGACAUUGGCUACCAGAUCCAAGAAUCUGCAAAGCAAGCGCGCUUCCGCGUACGCACCAAGCAAGAGAAUGUGUCUGGUGUUUUCCUCCCGCAAUUCGAGAGCUUCACGGUUGAGCAGAACAACGACUUCGCCUUGACAGGAUUGGGUAAGGGUGGUCAGCAAGUGCAGAGGUGCAGAGAGACAUAUGCUAGAGCCGUGGAAACGCUAGUAGAGCUGGCCAGUCUGCAGACAGCCUUUGUCAUAUUGGAUGAGGUAAUUAAGGUUGUCAACCGCCGUGUCAACGCCAUUGAGCACGUCAUUAUUCCCCGCACCGAAAACACCAUCAAGUACAUCAACUCCGAGCUGGAUGAGCUGGACCGAGAAGAAUUUUACCGCCUGAAAAAGGUCUCCAAGAAGAAGCAGAAUGAUGCUGCAGCCGAAGAAGCAGAAAGAGUCGCAAAGAAAAAAGAAGCACAGGAGGCGGAGACCCAGGCGCCCCAGCAGGCUGUCGAGACCAAGGACAUGCUUGGCGACGAGGACAACGAGGACGUUAUUUUCUAA